AUGCUCAUCACUGCGGCCGCUCCCGCCCUCUCCGCCGCGUCUCCGCCGGCGAAGCACCUGGUCCUCGUGGUGGCAGACGACCUCGGCUACGCGGACCUUGGCUACGCCGGAAGCCAGAUCGCGACUCCGAACAUUGACAAGCUCGCGUCAGCCGGCGUCAAGCUGGCUCACUUUUACGUGCAGCGCGCAUGCAGCCCGACGCGGGGCGCCCUGCUGACCGGCCGCUACAACAUCCGCUAUGGCUUCCAGUCGGGAGUCCUCACGAGUCAAAACAACUGGUCGCUCCCGCUGGAUGAGACGCUGCUGCCGCAGUUUGUCAAGCGAGUCGACGCGCGGAGCAAGUGCCACGCGGUCGGGAAGUGGCACCUCGGGUACCACCGCUGGGAGCACACGCCCACGUUCCGCGGCUUCGACUCGUACCUCGGCUACUACUCUGGCGACGAAGACUACUACACCCAUCAGGGCGACUGCGGAGGGUUUGACUUGCACGAUGAUUCGCGACCAGACUGCGGCGCCGGCUGCUCGCGACACGCUUGGGAGGCGGUCGGCGAGUACUCGACGCACCUCUUCACUCGGCGCGCGGUGUCGAUCAUCCGCGAGCACGACGCGGCCGCGCCGCUCUUCCUCUACCUCCCGUACCAAGCAGUGCAUGACAACGGCGCCGCCACGCCGGCGUGCGGCGGGUGGACCGGGGGGCAGAACUGGCCGCUGCGAGGCGGAAAGGUAGGCGCUGGCAUCGCGCGCAGCCAGCGCGGCACGACGGCGGCAGGGAUCGUGCACACCGUCGAUGCCGGCUCCGAGCUCGAUGGCGUCUCGCAGUGGCCAAUGCUCUCCCGCGGAGGGGCGGGCGCACGGCAGACUGUGCUGCUCGAGGCGGACCCGCUCGCUAGCCCGUACAGCAACCGGCCGCCGGGCUUCGUCUGCUCCGGCGACCAGCACGCGACUCGCCACCCCCACACCCACGGCGACCAGCACGCGACUCCGUACUACGCCCUGCGGCAGGGGAGGUGGAAGCUCCUCCUUGGCGACCCGGGCGCGGACGACAACCGCCACCGCAGCACCAUGGCGCGGACGACAACCGGCACCGCAGCAUCGGCAACGGCUUCUGGCCCGCCGUGCCCCGCGGACCACAACAACAGCGCGACGGCGGCAGGGCCGUGGACAGUCGACUCCGUGAUGCUCUUCGACCUGGAGAGCGACCCCACGGAGAGCACCAACCUCGCGUCCUCCCAGCCCGACCUCGUGCGCCGGCUGACCGCCCUCGUGCAGGCGAUCAACGCGAGCGCCGUGGACAGCCGCGGCGUGUGCGCGCCGCACGAGCCGCAGCAGUCCCCGGCCCUGCACAACGGGACGUGCACGCCGUGGCUCGUGUAG